CUCACAUCGUUCUAACAGCACAAACCAGCCAAACCAAAACAAGUGAUCCAAAAUGUUCAAGAUCGUCGCCCUGUUUGCCUGUCUGGCCUUUGUUGCCGCCAUGCCCUACGAGGAUUAUCACAGCCAUCCGAGCUACAAGUACGAGUACGGAGUUAAGGACUCGCACACCCACGACCACAAGAGCCAGUGGGAGUCCCGUGAGGGAGACCACGUUAAGGGACAGUACACCCUGGAUGAGGCCGAUGGUACGCACCGCGUGGUGGACUACAGCUCGGACCACAAGACCGGAUUCCAGCCCCAUGUCCAGCGCAUUGGCCACGCUCACCACCCACACCACGGAGAGAGCUAUGCCAACAUUAAGCAGCACUACUAA